GAUAAAUCUGUCAAAUGAUUUAUGUGGUCACUUUCCUCAUUGAGAUCUAUAAUCCUUCUACAAUUUCAAACCAAAAAUGACCCGCCACGCUCGCAAUUGCACCGCCGGAGCUGUGUACACUUACAACGAAAAGAAGCGUGACUCCGCCAAGUCUGGCUAUGGGACCAAAGCCCAGCGCCUGGGCAAGGACUCCAUUAAGUCCUUCGACUGCUGCUCCCUAACGAUGCAACCCUGCCGCCGGCCUGUGGUCACCAAGCAGGGCUACCUUUUCGACAAGGAGGCCAUACUGCAGUAUAUAGUGACCAAGAAGAACGAAUACAGCCGCCAGCUCAAGGAGUACGAGCGGCUACGUCGCCUAGAGAAGGAUCAGGCGAACGACGCAGCUCACACUCAACAGCGAGCGCGCAUGGAACGCUUUGUGAAUUCACAAAAACCAGUGGAAAUAACUUCUGCUUCCCUUUCAAUCUCCUCCAUUUCCAACAUAAGCAACAGUCACAAGAAUAAGCAACCCAGCUUUUGGCUCCCCUCGGAGUGUCCCAAUGCUGGAAUGAUUAGGGCCAAAAAGCCGGAUCCGCUUAUAUACUGUCCAGUUUCACAUCAACCAUUAAAGGUCAAGGAUCUGAUUGACGUGAAGUUUACGCUGCUCAAGGAUGGCGGCGACAGCAAGCGCUCUCUAAUCACCAAGGAUGCGCGCUACAUGUGUCCAAUAACCCACGAUGUUCUGAGCAAUGCUGUGCCCUGUGCCGUGCUGCGUCCCACUGGUGAUGUGGUGACCAUGGAGUGUGUGGAGCGAUUGAUCAGGAAGGAAAUGAUUCAUCCGCUAACCAAUUGCAAGCUGGAGGACAAGGACAUUAUUCCCCUGCAGCGAGGAGGGACUGGUUAUGCCAGCACCAACGACAGCUUGCAGGCCCAGGAAAAGAGACCCACAUUGCAGGUAUAAGAUUAUCUAUCGGACUUUUUUCUCUAAGAUGAAGAUUUUCAAG